AUGGUGGAAGCAGAGGCGAACUCCCCUACGUGGAAGUUCACACAGUGCUUUGGCGACAAAGGUGAUGUGGAAGAUAUCACGGAAGCCGAUAUCAUCUCGACCGUCGAGUUUGACCACACAGGCAAUUAUCUGGCAACAGGAGACAAGGGAGGAAGAGUUGUCCUCUUUGAGCGCAACGAAACUAAGAAAACAUGCGAGUACAAGUUCCACACCGAAUUCCAAUCGCACGAGCCAGAGUUUGACUACCUGAAGUCGCUCGAAAUCGAAGAAAAGAUCAACAAAAUCAAGUGGUGCCGGCGGCAGAAUGCCUCACAUUACCUUUUGUCGACAAACGACAAGACCAUCAAGCUGUGGAAGGUGUUUGAGAAGUCGCUGAAAGUUGUCGCCGAGAACAAUCUCACUCAAGACUUGACGCCCGGUGGUCUCGUGGCCGGUGGCGGCGCCCCGCGGCCCUUACCAUCUGUGCACUUCCGCAACGCGAGCGACCUGAAGCUCCCCCGCCUCACGCACCACGACACCGUUGUCGCCGCCGUUCCGCGCCGGACCUACGCCAAUGCCCAUGCGUACCACAUCAACAGCAUCUCGGUCAACAGCGACGGAGAAACAUUCAUCAGUAGCGACGACCUACGCAUUAACCUCUGGAACCUCAACAUUCAAGACCAGAGCUUCAACAUUGUCGACAUCAAGCCGGCCAACAUGGAGGAGCUGACCGAGGUGAUCACAGCUGCCGAGUUUCACCCACAAAGCUGCAACUGGUUCAUGUAUGCCAGCUCCAAGGGCACCAUCAAAUUGGCGGACAUGCGGGAGAGUGCGCUAUGCGACCAGCACGCCAAGCUGUUCGAACAGGAGGAGGACCCCCAAUCGCGGUCCUUCUUUUCCGAAAUUAUCUCAUCCAUCUCAGAUGUCCGGUUCUCACACGACGGCCGUUACAUUCUGUCCCGCGACUACCUCACCGUCAAGAUCUGGGAUGUGAACAUGGAGCGACAGCCUGUCAAGACGAUCCCUAUCCACGAGCAUCUGCGGCCGAGGCUCUGCGACACGUACGAGAACGAUAGCAUCUUUGACAAGUUUGAGGUGGUCUUUUCGGGCGAUGCCAAGAACGUCAUGACGGGCAGCUACAACAACAACUUCAUGAUCUACCCAACCGACCCUGAGAAGGAGACCGAGGUUGUCCUGCAGGCCGACAAGUCGGCCUUCAAGGCCAAGAAGGUGGGCGUGCCGACGCCGAUCAACUCGUCGACCAGCCCGACGGCCAACGGCAAGAAGAAUGGCUCGCGGUCGGGCAGCCCUACGCCCGGCCAGGGCCAGCGGAUGCGCAAGGAGACCGACGCGGACCAGAUCGAUUUUAACAAGAAGAUCCUACACAUGAGUUGGCAUCCGUUUGAGGACAGUAUCGCUAUCGCCGCCACGAACAACUUAUUUGUCUUCUCCGCAUUGUAG